AGAAUAUUUUGAGAUGGUGGAGUGUUGGAAUUGACUCAUCUGGUCAUGGGAACCAUUUGAAAUUUCAAGAAAUUCACAAAAAUGGACAAGUCCUAAGGCUGAUAUUUUUUGGAGGCGAUGGAAUGACAUUUUUUUCAUUUUAAUUAGACACACGAGUCUUUCCAUUAGUCAUCAAACCGGCAUCUACUGCUAAAAUAAUCGUUUUUGAAUUUGAAUGGCGGCUUCAAAAAUUGAUCGUUCAUAACAAGAAAGUCAGCUUAAGUCGACCAAUUAAUUUGCUUCGAUGGCUAAUGAAUCGCGGCUUAAAUGUAAAUCAGCUUACAUCUCUGGACCAAAUAUUACAUCGGUCAAUGAAAAAAUAUUCAAAAAGAAAAUAAUUUUUUGGGUCGAAUAAACUAAGUUUCUCUAAAAUUUAGCCGAUCAAUAUUAUAGUCCAGUUCUAGAUUUUCUUAGUCGAGCCGGAUAGGCGCCGAUUCCAAAACGUGAUUAACCCAUUCCAAAAUAUUGUUUCAUGUUUUAUUGUAAAAUCUCAUCAUAUUCUCACAAAAAAGUGCUUAAAAAAUUAAGAAUAUUUGAGAAAAUAUAUGAGGAAACGAAUUUUUGAUCGGUUGAGCAACCUACAACAUGGGAUAGUCUAGUAUUUUCGGAAAUGCUAGUCGAUAUUAAUUUUCAGUUCGCGAAAUCGAUGCAUCGAGAACACUUCUUAACCAUGACUCGAGACUCCCGGCUUAAAUUUACGAAAAAAAAGUUGAAAUCGACUAUUAUCGAGUGAUAUUAAUCAUUCGACUUUGUUCCGAUUUUCUGAAUAAGAAACCUCCUCAGAUCAGUCUCGUUCAGACGACUUGAAGCUGAAGUAUUUUUAUUAUAAGUAAACGUAUGCUUUCAAGUGAUAUAAAUCUUACAAUAGGGUUUUCUUUGCGACUCCUUGGUAGUCAGAGGUAAUACCUAACCCACUGAGUAAUGGAAUUCAAGUUCUCCUCUCAGAUUGAGCCUAGAGAAAAAUAUCUUGUUCUGCAAAUUGUUAUUAAUUUAAAUCUUAUUUCGCCAUACUUUUUCCCGUGAGUAUUCACUUUAAAUGAAUAGAAUACGUCCUACAAUCAGUAGAUCAAUUAGGCGUAAUUAUAUAAAAAAAAACUGUAUUGAUUUUUUCCUGGAUCUAACCGCGUUGUCAUCACUUCUGGUAAUGAUCGAUUGUUCAUUUUCAUUCCUUUUUCUCCACUUCUGUCAUACAUAUACAUCUACUACUGAAUCCACUGAACGCGAAUUUAGCCUUCGUAACUUCCGUGAGCAACCACUUGCAACUUAUUUAACACUAGAUUUACCAGACCAGUCAUUUUGACUGGUCGUGCAAUUUCAAUUUAAAAUUCCUACGACAUAUUACAUUUGCUUUCCGAAAUGAUGUUAUGACUUUUGUAGCUAUAAGUAGAAAAAACAUUUUAUAAACUUAAUGUUACUUAAUAUUUAUUACUAACAAAUAUAUUUUUUUGUUAUUGACAUUUAAACCAGUACCAGUCAAACUGACUGGUGCAUGUUUCUAUGAAUAAAUGUAUGAGAGCGUUUUAAUUUCAACAUAUUUUGACAGCAAUUGUCAGCCCCUGAAAAUGUUCUGCAUAUUUAGAAAAUGCAACCAGCAUACCUCUGGAAUGUUCAGAUGUGGAAAGUGAAUUAUACGACAGCGGCGAUGAUUUGUUAGAUAGAAAAAUUGAUUCUCAAGGAAGUGAUGAUAACAGUGCUAUUAUCGAGAGUAGUGAUGAGGAAAUUCCUGAUGAUGACAAUAUAGAUGAGCCAAGCGACAGUGGUUGCGUAAAAAUUCCAAUCAAGCGUACCAAAUCAGCAAACUGAAAUUGCUUUAGACGGAACUAUUUGAACGAGAAUUGAAGAAGGAGGUGUUGCUGGUAGAUUACUAGUUCAUAGUAAUUUCAAAGAUGUACACGGUCCAACAGCACAUGCUGAAAGAAAUAUUAUGAACGGGAAUCUAAGUAGUGCGUUCCAAUUACUGAUUGAUAACCAUAUUUUGGAACAUAUACGAAUUUGUACAGAGUUAGAAGCCUCUCGAGUUUUGGAAAAAAGUGGACAAUUACACAAGAAAAAUUGAAGGCAUCUCUUGCAAUAUUGUGCGCGCGUGGGGCGUACGAAGGAAAUAGCUUCAAACAGGGGAUGAACUUAUAUUACCGGGGAUAAGCAACUUUUUCCAUCGGAGGCCAGAUGCAGAUUUACUCAGUAUUUUCCAAACAAACCCCAUAAAUUUAGCAUAAAAUUCUAAUUGGCGUCUGAUGUAGAGACGAAAUAUGUGAUAAAUGGCUUUCCUUAUUUAGGAAAAAGCGAGACUCGAAAUGCAUCAAUCCCCCUAUGCAAAUUUGUCGUAAUGAAAUUUCUUGAACCGUAUACCAUGAAGGAGCGUAAAACUGAUAUUUUUUACAAGUAUUCCUUUGGCGUUAAAAUUAAGAUCUCAAAAUACUUCGUUGCUUGGAACGAUACGCGCUUCUAUUGGCAACCAGACAUAUUUUGGCGUCGAUGUCACUGAUCGAAUGGAAAUCAGGUUCCAGAAGGUGACCACUUCAACUGUUUUUCAAUAAUUUAGUUUCAGCCGGAAGAAAUAGCUGGAUAUUGAACAAAACAUAACAGGAGAAAAUAUCUCACGAGAAGACUUUCUGUUUCAAUUAGCAAAAGAACUUGCUUCAGAAUAUCAGACUUCAAGGCAAAUACCACACGAAGCUGAUAUACCAACUACAAAUGGCACUGUUUCUGUACGCAAAUGGUGUCAAAUAGAAUAUUUUAAUAACAAUAAGACUACAAAUAUUUGCAAUAAAUGCAAAAAAAGUCUAUGUAGAAAGUGUAUACACUGCAAAAUCUAUUGUGAGCAACAAACUGUAAACAAUUAAGUGUUUUGUUAUUUGACAAUGUCUAUUAGUCCAUUUAUCUAUCACAAUUAAUAUUGUUCAACUUAUUUUCGCCAUUUGAUAAGUAAUAGUACAGACUGGAACCACAAUAUUCAUUUUUUCUUAUACACCAGUCAUUUUGACUGGUGCUGGUAGAAAUAGGUAUAUAUAAAUAGCUGGUAAAUCUAGUGUUAACACGGGGUCGUUUCCAUACUAGGCGGUACAGGAUAGUCCCGAUCUUCUGAACAGACUUGAAUGAACUAAAAACAUCCGUAGCCGAUCGAGUCAACUAGAAAAAUAAGCUAGCGGCGGUCGCCGUUGGCCCCAUUUUUCUUGUUGAAAAAAACCGGCGUCGACAUUUUCAAAUAUGGCGUCGACCGCCGAAAUUUUUGACGACAGAAGUGUCUGUCUCCUGGUCUGCUAUACAUUUUCUGUAGGCGUUAAGAUCAACACUGAAAAAUAUUUCGACAUAAAAAAGCGCAAAAUAAAAAAAAUACUAAGUCAGCGCUAUUAUCUUAAGUCACCAAAGUGAAGUUGUGUACUCUAGCUUCUUCUUCUUCUUGGAUGGCACUACCGUUCCAGUGAAACUUUUGCCUUCUCAACGCAGCAUUACUUGCGUCAUUUUUAUUAGUAGUGCUUGGUUGAGAUUUCUAUGCCGAAUAACACGCCUUGAAUGUACUCUGGAGGGGCAAGCUCUAGAAUACGCGUGACCACAGUGCAAGCCGGAAGAAUUUUCUUUCACGAAAAAUCCCCCGACCAGAACGGGAAUCGAACCCGAACCCCCGGCAUGAUAGUGUGGGACGCUAACCACUCGGCCACGGGAGCACGUACUCUAGCGCCGAAUCGUAAUGAAAAUAUUCGGUGGCGGAGUUGCGCCGUGGCGAAUUUUCGUUCGGCAAUGAAACGAUUGCGAUGAGUUGUGAUGAUAUUGAAAGUGGAAUACAGCUGGAAUCCGACGAAUGCAUGGAAAUUGAGGUAGGUUCAGUUUGUAUUAAUCUAUGACUUCAGUAAAAAUUUUAUUACGACAAAAUUAAUUCAUAAUAAAAAUUGCGCUUUUUUCUGUGUGGCAUUCAUACCCCUGAGUUCACUUUUUAAAAACAUGAAUAGAAACUAUUGCUACAUGUUCUUUAAAUGUAUUAUUAAAAGAGCUUCUGAAUGUUUCCACCAGAACCCAAUGAUAAAUGGGUCUGAAAAGUUGAACGAAUUGGUAUGAAAAUAUGGAGAAAUUUGCGUUAGUGAUACUAAAGCCUAUGAUCAUAACGCGAAAUCCAACAGUCACAUAAUUUCCGUUGUUUCCUAUUAUAAGAAGAGAUGUCGACCAGGAAUAUCAUUUCAUAAUCAAAAGGGAUGAAACACGGUACGUGGAAUGGAUUCAACGGAUAAAAAUUGAAAAUCAUCCGGCUAAGCAGUUUAAAUUUCAGCAUGUCGAUAUUCUACUAAGUAAUUAUCAUCAAUUUUCACGUAUUAUUUUUUUCAGAAACAAAACGUUUAACUAAACUAUUAAUUUGUAUGGCUCGAACCUUGGCGAUGGUAAUUGAGGACAGGUUAAAAACUCUCAAGCCAUUAUUGUUCACCUGUUCAACACAAACGAGCAGCAAUUCAUUUAAUCCUCGACGACCAAACGAUUUUCUCCGGCAGCGAAAUUGAAAAUAUCGACAGAUCAAGAAAUCAUGUCUAUAUAUUUUUUAUCUGCUUCUAUAGAAAUUUCCCACCCUAAUUAAAAUAAACAUUAGAGAAAAUCAAUUUGAGUAUUUUAUGCGUCUGAAUAAACCACAAAAACGUAAACAUCGAUUAAAUUUUCUUCUACGCUUCAUCUGAUUCGCUACUCAAAAGUGUCGUUUGACUGACCGAUGAAAAAACACUUUCGUACGAAAACGAGGAUAGGGCAAUUCGUUCGAACGAACGAUGUUCGAAUGUUCGAACGGAUAGAUUUCUUUCGUACGAAACCAAGGAUACGAAUGAGGCAUUCUUUCGAACGUUUUGUGUUCGUUCGAAAACAAGAAUAAGGGUGUUUAUUUUUUUGGUUCGUUAAGUUAGUGUAUAGAAUAAUAUUAGGUGAUUAAUAGCAGUAAUAGACGAUAAUAUCUACUGUUUGCGCCACGCGGAGCGAGCGCAUACGUGUUGCGACAUGACCUGUCAUUCCAUUGCAUCACCCAGAGACGUGCGAAAGUGAGAUGAAAGCAGUAUCAACACAACAAACGAAUAUCACCCGAGCUAUCCGAGCGAAGCCGACAGGACAAAUACCCCACCAGAGCAGAACAUGAUCCAUUCCACGACGAUCCAUUUCGUUUGGAACACUAAUUUUCCGUACACCAGCCGAAACAAUUUCUAUCCUUUUCAUUCAAUCGCAUCACCGAGAGACGUGCGAAAGUGAGAUGAAAGCAGUAUCAACACAACAAACUAAUAUCACCCGAGCUAACCGAGCGAAGCCGACAGGACAAACACCCCACCAAUUUCAGGGAGUAUAAAAGUAGCAGAGCAGCAUAUGAUCCAUCUUUAUAAGUUUUUAUUCACCACGUGUAUUUAGAAACCAUUAGAGAAAGUUAUAGUGAAAAUUUGGACUUUGAAAACUAGUGUCGUUUUUUCCUACAGUAAAUUUAGUCAGACCCUUUCCAACCGGAGUACUAUAAGGAUUGAGAAAUGUGUACUGUGAAGAUGGCAUCCUCUUAUAAAAUUAAUUUAGAGAUGUGUUUAGAAGCGGUUAACAGUUUAAUUUCAACCAAGUGCCUAGAAUAUGAUUUCAAGUUAAAUUUUAAGAACAUGCAAGUAAUUUUGGAGCGUAUGGGAUUAGAUAAAACGAACUAUCCUAGUAUGAAGGUAAUCAAAAGCCUUCUAAUGAAACAUCGAAAAUCCGUAAAACGGUUUGCUCCUGAGAUUACUUUGCAGAAUUGUUGGGAUGCAGCGAAUGAUUUGAUCGCUAGAGAAGAGUUGGAUGAGCUAUUCGAAUUGAAUUCUAAGAAUCUGAAAGAAAUUCUUGUAGAAAUGGGAUUAAACGAAAAAUGCGCACCUAACUUAAAAAAAGUUAGGAAUAACUUCGCUUGUAAUCCAACAUAUAAGAAGUAUCGUGCAGAACGAAAGGUGAGAACCCUUAUAAUUGUUAUAAGCUUCCUGAAAUUAAUAAAACUAUUUUGAAAUUUUCAAUGUGAAAUCAUUUCCGCAGAAUAUUGAACAUUCAAUUGCCGCUGAAAGUCAUAACGUAAGUGUAAAAUAUCAAAUUGCUUUGAAAUAGUCACGCCAUACAGUAACUUCAAAUUUUUAUAGAUCGAUAAUUUCAAAGAAUGUUCUUUUGAGAAUGAAAGUGCCUGCUUGCCACAAGACUGCGUUGGAGUUCAUGAACAGCUUUUAUUAAAUAAAACAGAUCAUAUGUCCGAAACAAACUCAUCUCCUUCACGUGUCGAAACAAGAACAUUAUCAUUUGUAUCAUUUGACACAAACGAUUUCGAGGAAUUGGCCGACUCUCAAAGUACUACUUUUGACGGCGUUGAUAAUACGGGAAAAGAUAACGAACAACCUCCAUUCGGAUUUUUAUUGAAAGGAACAGAUUUAUCGCGUGUCGAAAUAAAAUCAUUAUCCGUCGAGUUUCCUGCAAAAGUAUGUAAGAAAGGAAUGGAACUUAAUGCUCCAGAAAUUGAAUGUCGCAUUUUUGAAACAUCAGUAAGUCAAAUGCAAGAGAGAUCAACGAACGACAUGCAAGACUCGAUUGUUUCAUUUGAUACCAAUGAUCUUGAAGGAUCGACCAAAUCACAAGAUACUACUUAUAGCAGUGAUGUAGAUGUAACUGAACUUGUGUUCAAUACAACGGACUUUGAAAACCUACGAAAAGAGAUAAAAGAAAAAGGCAACAGUAACAGGAUCAAAUACAAUGUCAAGGUUGCGGAAUGUGGGGCAACUGCCACAAAAAGACUUUAUAGUGGUGCUUCAAUUUACGAGUGUUCUUUUUACAUCAACAAGAAGAACAUUGAAAUGUGUAAACAUUAUGAUCAACAUAAUAUAAUGCAAAGCAAAACCAAGGUUGGCGAUGCUAAAUAUAAGCAACAAAAGCAUAGAAGGCCUUUUAUAGUGGCCUUAGAAGAUUUGUUAAAAAUCAAAUAUGAAGAAUUCAAUAUCUAUUGUAUAAUCAAUAUAAAUUCUCAUAAUUGCAACAAAUCUGGCUGGCUAUUUUAUGGUGUCUGCGCUCACAAGACCUGCAGAUCUUAUCGUUUCAAAAUUGUUUCUGUUACGGAUGGUGAUAACAUAUAUAAAGUCGAUGUCUAUGUUAAUGUCGCUAUGACCCUGAUACACGGGGAAAACCUGAAAGCGGCAUAUUGCAAAGGAGUAAAAAGAAACAUAAAUAUGAAAAAACUGCAGCUCCAAAAACCACUUGAAUUACGAACUAAGUUGAUCAACGAAAAGAAAAAAAGGGAACCAUUCGAGAAGGUAGACAUUGUCAGCAAAAAUGUAUUGAAAAAAAUUAGCAGUGAAGCUAAAUCGAAGCUUAACAGGGAUAUUGAUGAUUUUCAAGAUUUGAUAAAAAUGUCUGAGGAUAACGGAUCUUAUAUCAAAAAUGUGUUUAGAAAGCCCUUUGGUGUAAUUUGUUUUAAUACAAAAAUGUUCAAAGAGCUGAGAAAAAACAAGACUUACAGUCCUAUUUUCUACAUGGAUGGUACUGGAUCGGUUGUACGAUAUUCAAAAGCUGAGAAGCGUGUUCAAAUAUAUGUUUUGGUCGCAUACAAUUACCGGUCAAAUUUUAGUGUACCCGUAACAACCUUUGUGACUGAAAGCCAAAAAACAGUAGACUUCCACAAUUGGUUGAAUAUAUUUCGUGCUUCGUACGAGUCAGGCAGCUCUAUGAAUAAAUUGAAUAAAAUAGCGAGAAUUGUUAGUGUUGAUUGGAGCUGGUCACUGAUUGGUGGAUUGAUACGGGCUCUUAAUAAUCAACACCAUACACUACCAGAGUAUAUCCGAGAUUGUUAUAAAGUUUGCAUAAGAGAACUCAAUCUCAAUUUCACUAUCAUUCAUUUAUGCUACAGUCAUUUCAUGAAUGUAGUUUCUAAGGACUUGAAAUCUGCUCCAAUCAACAUAAAACAUAAGUUCAUGGACUGUAUGCGAUUGGCUGUACGUGCUACAAACUUAGUGGACUUAAUCGAUCUGUUUAUCAUUAUGACAUGCAUUUUUGGAUCUGCAAAUGAGAACCGAAUGCUUGAGACAUCACUAAAAGAACUAGAUGCAAAAAUUAAUGAUAGAACAAGCUUCGAUUCAGAAAGCGCUGGUAAAUUUGAUUAUACUGGCAUCGGUGAACCAGAAAUUCUAAAAAAAGAUGAGGACAAAAUCUUCUUGGGAUCGCCUUUUUAUGCGUUGUUAAAAGAAACAUUUGAAACAACAUUAAAACAAAUAGAUGAUCUCAGCCAAGGAUCACAGAACCCACUGUAUUUCAAAGGAUUCUUGGAAGAUGUCGCCUUGAAAAAAUACAUGCCUGUGGUUUGUUUGUGGUCAAAUAUAAUAGUAUCUCAAAUUGACUCGAAUCCGGAUACUAUUUCAAACGCAAGGGUUGAAAGCUUCUUCCGAACAUUGAAACACAAUGUUAUGAAAGGUCAGCUCUACGAAAGAAUAACACAUUUUCUUCGAAAACUACAAUCGUAUAUUGAAUCUCUGUUCCACUUUUCCGACUUUGACAUUGAAGAUAUAUACGCUACUGAUAAAGGAAUAAGUAAUGCUAAAAAACGUCAAGAUGAUAGAAUCGCAGAAUAUGACAGAUUUGUCGGAAACGUAGAAGACAUAGAGGACGAAUGGCAUAGUCCAUACUUUCAAAAAGAUGCUUCAACCCACUUGUUCAAGAAGAAAAAGAAGCAGGAAACUAACAGCUUAAACACACAACUUGAACAAUCAACACAGAAGCACCCAGAUUCAAAGGAAAACAGUGAUAACAACAGAAAAAGAUCAUUAGAAGAAGAUUUAGAAACUACCUGUAAUCUGUCCUCUAUUCAUCAUUUCAUUGACAAAGGAUUUGAAUUUCCAGUUACCACCAAAUGGUAUUUCGGUGAGUUUCCUUCAGAAUAUGAGAGCAUAGGAGUAAGUAGUAUGAUUGUAAGCUCAGAAAUGCUUCAAACGCUCGAUGCACAUACAUAUAUGGAUGGAGAAACCUUAGAUGCGAUAAUUGCAGUGGCCAUAAAAGAAUGUGAGGUCGAAAGCGUAAAAUUGGUAUCAACUUACAUGUCGAGAAACUUGUUUGAUACAACUCAACUAAAAGAAGUAUUGGAUAGGAAACGAGAUUAUGUUUUACCAGUUCUAACCAAUACAUCGGGAGUAUGGGUGGUUCCUUUGAAUGUUAGAGCUGGGCAAGCACCCACCAAGCAAGUUGGAAGAGGGAACCAUUGGGUUCUCUUCAUUGCUGAUUUUAUGAAUAGAGAAACUUUUUAUUUAGAUCCUCUCGAAACAGCAUCCCCAUAUUUGAAGGACGUACAAGAAGAAUUUUUGAAGGCAGUAAGCUCUAUUCGGAGACUUAAAAAUCAACCAUUUGAUUCAACCAAUUGGCAAAGCGGCUCGAAAAAUAUUGCGCACGACAAGCAAAACGACGACUACAACUGUGGUGUAUAUGUAGCUAAAUAUGCACAAAACUUCCUUUUGAAGAAACCGUUGACCGGGCUAGGAAACAUGGAUUCUGAGAGGAAACAAAUCAAAAUAAAACUCCUAAAUACAGCAGUAAUAAAAAUUUGUUUAUACUGCAGCAGCUUGAAAUCACUAAUUUUGUCAUGUCAAUCAUGUGGACGGAGGUGUUGCAGUAGAUGCGCCCCAAAUAUGGUGCUAAAAAUUCCAUCUACAAAACAAUGUGAAAUAUGUUCGAAAAUUAAAAUGAUAUAAUUUUUAAGUCUCAUCAAUAAAUUUUUAUAUUACCUUUUAACUUGAAGUAUUUUUAUUUGUCCAGUUUGAGUCCUUUCAGAAACGAGAUAGAAUCCUGUCGUCUAAGUCAAAAAUGAAAAAAUUGUCAUUCCAUCGGCUACAAAAAAUAGUUGCCAUAAACCUCAACCAUUCGCGUGGAUUUUUUUUUAAAUUUUAAAUGGUUCCUAUGAUCAGAUAGGUCAAUUCCAACACUC